CUCCUCUCCAUUUGUUUGCUGCCUCUGGUAACCAUUUGCCUGAAUUAAUAAACCAUCCUAGAGCAAAGAAGAUGUCUUUUAACAAAGAAAACCAGACUCUACUUGAUAUUGCAUUGUCAUGCACAGCGACAACAAAGAAGAUUUGUGUAUCAUUGGCUGAUUUGCAAAGCGUGACUUUGAGGUAAAGCGGACGUAUGAGUACAUGCCACUGAGGGAAGAUGAUCACGAUAAAGCUGAAAAGGCAGAUCAAACAGUAAUCGAAAUUAUUAUGAAGUCAGAUCAAUUCCAUAUUGUCGUGGCCACUUUGAUAAUGACGAUCACUUUCGCCGCUGGUAUCACAUUGCCAGGAGGUUUUGAGAGCGACCCAGAUAGCCCUAAUAAAGGGAUGGAGAUUCUAAUAAGGAAAACAACAUUUCUUGCAUUUGUUGUUUCCAAUGCCAUUGCCUUCACAUUCUCGUCUGUUGCCAUAUUCAUCUACUUCAUCAUGGCAAGUGUGGUUCCAGAACCUGAAAAUGAAAAAAUUAUACAGAAGCUUUAUGAUCACGCAGCUAUUUGUCAGUGCUUGUCAAUGUUAGCAGUUGUAAUUGCAUUCGCAACGGGUAUGUUUGCUACUUUAUCACAUUCACUUGGUCUUGCCAUUAUUGUCUAUUCCAUAAGUUGCCUCUCUAUUUUAUUCUACUUCUUGGUUUUUAUUUAUAUAGCAAGGAAAUUGUAAGAUAGACAAGAAUGCUAGCUACACUUGUACUUAUUGCUUGCAAAUAUAUAAUUCAACUACAUAUUUCUAGUUCAUUACAUGUUUUUUUAGUUAUACAUCCUUUAUCACAUGAUAUAACAAUCUAUGUAAAAUCGUUUUCUUCUAUUUAAAUUAUAAGCGGUUCCAGGAGAUCAUUUUUCAUCACGGACAAUGCUAUAGAACUAACGUACCUUCACUAAAUAAUUCAUGGUACAACGACAACAAUAUACCCACUGAAAUUCCACAAGUGGAGUUUGGGGAGGAAAGAGUAUAUGCAGAUCUUACUCCUACAUUGGGAGGCAAAGUGGUUUCCGAAAUUUUAUAGACCUUCAAUGCAAGGAAAAACAAUUCAAAGCAGUUCAAAAAAGAAAUGUUAGCAGUGGAAAAGCCAUGAAAAAAAAUACU